AUGUGCCGUUUGGGUUGCAAACAGACCCACAAGUAACAAGCAUUGUGGGGAACGACGUCCGGCUGACCUGCCGGGCCUCCAAGUACAUCUACAGUCACCUGGCUUGGUAUCACCCGUCUGCAGAGGCAGCUCUCGGUGACUCAGUCAUCAAGAAAACUGACAACUAUUCAAUUUCUUUGACAUUGGUCAUUACUAAUGUCACGAAGGAACAGAGCGGCCUCUACAAGUGCAGAGCCCAGAACCAGCACAACAGCACCGACACCCUAGAACAGCACACUCGGCUCCUUGUCAGAGCAAAGACAGCACCGUACGUGAUACAAAACCUCACGGAUCUGGAGGUUAACAUCAGUGGCAAGAUCAUCCUGGAGUGCAAAGUCAGCGGAACACCAGAACCUCAGAUUACGUGGAAGAAGAACGGUUACCCCAUUUCAGCAGCAUCAGGAAUCUCCAUGGAAAAUAAUACCCUGGUCAUUGAGCGAGUGAAGAAGGAUGAUGAAGGGCUCUAUGAAUGCAAGGCAUCUAACGACAUGGGCCAAGAUAGCACAUCAGCCUUCAUCAAAAUACAAGGUUCUGAGGAGAAAUCCAACAUUGAAGUUAUCAUUUUGGUCUGCACUGGCCUAGCUGCUACCCUCUUCUGGCUGCUUCUGACCCUAUUCAUUCGGAAGCUGAGAAAACCUGAUGCCACAGAUAUUAAAACAGGAUACCUGUCAAUUAUAAUGGAUCCAGAGGAAAUGCCUCUUGAUGAGCAGUGUGACCGUCUUCCCUAUGACAGCAGUAAAUGGGAGUUCCCGAGAGACAGACUGCGGCUGGGUAAAACACUGGGUCAUGGUGCUUUUGGGAAGGUGGUGGAAGCGUCUGCUUUUGGCAUUGAUAAAUCUUCAACCUGCAAAACAGUUGCCGUAAAAAUGCUUAAAGAAUGUGCAACUACUAAUGAAUGCAAGGCUUUAAUGUCUGAACUGAAGAUCCUCAUCCAUAUAGGACAUCAUCUGAAUGUAGUCAACCUGCUGGGAGCCUGCACCAAAGCUGGAGGUCCUUUAAUGGUCAUAGUAGAAUAUUGCAAAUACGGAAAUCUGUCCAACUAUCUAAGAGGAAAACGAGGAGAUUUCAUCGCAUACAAG